CCAUGUGGCUCUCACUCCCGGAACAUCAACAAACGGGAAAGUUCGAUGACCGAGAAACUGAGUUUUUCAUGUUACAAUCUAUGGUUAGACCAAUGCGCCACCUAAAUGUCUAAAAGUUUUUUCAUGUACGUAAUGAAGUCUGCGUUGUUUUGUGUAUUGGUGCCUUUCUUGGUUUGUGUAGCUGUAGUGAACAUCGGUGUCUUCGACCGCGUUCUAGUGGACAUAUCCUAUGAUCACUACGCAGAAAAAACUGUUGACUUCUUGCCUAGUUUCUUGGCAAUGCCUUUCAACUCUCUUAUAAACGUGGGAUAUAUUUACAUGGGAUUGUACUGGCUAUUUCAACGGACAAAGGACAAAGGUGACACCGAUACUUCGCUUUAUGUCAAAGACGUCUUCGCUUUCAUGGCCAUUUUUUACGCACCUGUCCAGUGGGUCCGCCUAGCGACGCUGGGCCGUGUACCCGCCGUGUUGGAUCAAUGGUUCACUCUACCGAUUUUCGCGUGGGUACCUGUUUGGUGCCAUUUCAUAGAGCACGGUUGGCGUCCACGCAUCGCGGCAACUGUCGAACUUUGCUCCAUCUUCAGCUAUGCCAUCGCGUUGGCGCACGAUUUGGGAUUUGAGGUGGCGCUCGCGUGCCAUGUCGCAUUUGCCCUUUACAAAGGCGCCGGGGUCCAUCUCAAAUACGGAGACUCACUAUCCCGGUGGUACCUGGGUCUUGCCUCACUGUCUUGUUGUGGGUUUGUGAUUCUCAAGCUGUUGGAUCACACCCUAGCGCAAUACCGACCGUUCCAACACCUGACAGGGCACUUCUGGUCCAAAGUGUGUGACAUUUUACAGUUCCACUAUAGCUUCUGCUUUCUCACACACCUGACACGGUCUGCAGCGAGGAAAGGGACAUCUAAAAGUAACUGAAUUACCAGGGAAGAAGGAUCCUGUCAAUCUGCGAUGGCAAAUUUAAAGUUUACCUUUAGGUCGUUCUACAACCGAGGAUUGCUUAUAAUGCACAACUGUCUUGUUUGUUGUAACAGCUCGACAAGUAUAGCGUUACGGUUAAGGUGAAUAAUGAAAAAUCUCACGAAAUGAUGAAAAAAUAAAUGACUGCUCAUUUCAACCAAAUAAAACAAGUUUGCAUUUCAAUCUUUAUUGAUUAACAGAUGUUUAUAAUAGUUUCAAACUCAUGAUUGGUUAUGGAAUAAUGUGGGUUUAUAGCCUACAUGGUGCUAUACUGAAAUUAAAAACUUGAAACUUGAAAACUAAACAACAUUAAACCAUUGCUUUCUAUGA